GUUUGGGCCUCUGUGGGCCUCCGCUAGAAAAUGGCAGCUGAACCAAAUGACUUGUAAGUUCUUUAAUCCUGGAGGUGCAGGGACCACCCCCCAAACGCUCCUGCCCCUCUGAGAACCUUCACCCUGCCUUCACUCAUCACCAUUAACAAGCAUCUAGAAACCACCUACCAUUUGUCAGGCAGCAUACUAAACCCCAGAGAUACAAAGAAGGCAAAUGUCGUUCUUGUCUUCAAAGGAGCUCCUGUCCAAUAAGAGAGAUGACACGGACAGACAGAAAGUGGGUGAGGCAGCCACAUAGAACAGUGGAUAGAACACUGGUCCUGAAGUCGGAGGUUCUGAGUUCAAAUGCGGGCUUUAGACACUUAUCCAUAUUGAUCCUAGGCAAGUCUCUUAACCUGGUUUGUGUGUGUGUGUGAAUGUACAUAUCAGGGGUCCUCAAACUACAGCCCGAGGGCCAGAGGCGGCUGCUGAGGACAUUUAUCCCUCUCACCCAGAGCUAUGAAGUUUUUUUAUUUAAAGUCCCACAAAGCAAAGUUUUUGUUUUUACUAUAGUCCGGUCCUCCAACAGUCUGAGGGACUGUGAACUGGCCCCCUAUUUAAAAAGUUUGAGGACCCUUGGUGUAUAUAUAGUAAAUGGGAAGGUGAUAUCAGAAUAAAGGCAUUAAUGGGAGAGAAAAAAUAGAAAUAUCACUCUAAGGUUUUCCCUAUCUCCCCAAACCUAAGGCCUUUUGUCUGUGACCUCUCUAUGAGGUCAAGAGAAAAUAAUGAAUGAAUAACUCUUUUAUUAAGCGCUUAUUGUGUACCAGGUGCUGAGGGUUUGCUUUUAGGAAAUUUGAAUUCCAAUUUUGGCGACAUUGGCGGUUUGGCUACUAGUUGGCUGUGACCCACAAAACAGGAGUAAUUUGCCCCGGUCGAGAUUUGAAUUCUGGUCUUUUACCUUUCUUUCUUGGGCUCUUCACUGCUUCUCCUCAUCUAGUGAAGAUUAUCCAAGAAGAUCUUGACGAUCUUUCCCUUCCUGUAUCUUUUGAGUUUCUCUGAACUUCCAUUCCCAUUUUCCAUUGGUGAUCCCUUUUCUCUGAAGGAAUUUUUAGAAGACCACAGGUAUAUAGGUAUAUAAAAUAGAUAAAUCAGACCACAGUUAUAUAUGGGUAUAUAGAAUAGAUAGACAAAUCACUUCGGGAGAGACAGUGAGGCACCUUAGAAAUUCCCCUUGUCUACAAAGGAGAAAACGGGGACUAAAAGGCUUCUGAAGGGACUAACUGAGUCACGUGUGAUAGAGCUGACAUUUGAACUCAUGUUCUCUGAUUCCGGGUCCGUCCAUCCCUCUUUACACUGACCACCUUGCCUUUCAAGUAGCAGAAUGGUUGCCCGUGAGCCUCUGCUACCAAAUCUAGCGUUCCCUUCCUUGUACUCCACCAGGGUACUAACAAGUGACCUAAUUUCCAUUCAGCGGACCUGCAGCAGACCUUGUUAUUAUGGUCCUUUGGCUGCUCCAUCCCAGGAAUUCUUAAUUGUUACAGUUGAGGAAAACUCUCUCUCUUUCACGGUCCCUCUGGCAAGGGCAGAGGGGAUGGUAGUCCAGAAGGGGCUGGCUGCCAGGGAAGAGGUGAGUGCCACUGCCCCGGGAGUGAGCAUUUGGCAUCCGGUCAGCUCCCUGCUACAUCUUCCUCCCGCUGUCUUUGUCCAUAUUCAAAACUCCCCGGCAGAUUGUCUCCCCAGUCUUUUUCACCCUGUUUUACGCAAGGUACAUACAGGCUUUCCUUAGGUUUUAGUCUGGAAGAAGCAGCUAUUUCGAAACUAGUCUUAGGCCUGUAAACAGUCCACAAAAUCACUUUCAAUUUCCUCUUCUUCAAAAUCAGGGUGAUGGUGAGAUUCACUGCCCGGCGCACAGGGCUAUUGACAGUAGCAAAUGAUACGGUGUGGGGGCAGGGAGGGGUGAAGACUCUAAACUCUAAAUGUUGGCAGUUCUCCCCCCUGGGGAAGGACUAAGCAUGGCAAGGUCCGUCCUCCUGAAGAACGGAGGAGACAGCUGCUCUCUCCUUGUGUCCCUCGGUCAGCCUGGCCAAUUUGGCAUUCUUAAGGAAAACAACUGGUCUGCUGUAGCCAGCUGAACCGGAGUGACCAAGUGAGAAGUCAUCCCUUCGGCCCAGCCCGGAGAUCUGGGGCUGGGCGAGUUGGGGACCCCUGAUCGGGACGGGCGAGCCGAGAGAAAUUUUCUCUUCGAUCCCCACUGUCCCACAGGCUCGUCCCAGCAGAGGCCUGCGGCAUCGUCGGGCAGAAGUGAUUUGGUAGGCUCCCGUGGCUGGCCAGAACCUUCCACAGAUUUUAAAUCUGGUAGACAACAACCCCUGGAUUUGCGGAUUCCCGUAGGGUAUUAUGGUAGAGAGACAUGGUUCAAAUUCCGCCCCAAGCAUUUGCCAGCUGGGGCAGGCAAGCCUGGGUUCGGGUCACAGAAGGCCGUCUUCAUAUCCUUCUGUUACCACCUUAGACCAGUACUUUCCUCUUCCUGGCUUUUAGUUUCCUCAUUAAAAUGAGGGUGUUGGACUAGGGCAAAGCUUCUCAUCCUUUUUUCCAUUCGUGAUCCCUUUUCCCUGGAGAAAUUUUCCCAUGACCCCAUGUACGUAGGUAUAUAAGAUAGACCGAUCAAACGUUUAUUGAUAACGAAUCAUAAUUUGGCAACCUUCACAUUCGGUGACGUGACCCCAUAUGGGAUCUGAUCGUAGACAAGUCCCUUCAGUAUUUCUGAGUCUCAGUUUCCUCAUUUGGAAAAUGAGAAUGAUGCUACGGUAUCUACCUCACGGGGUUGUUGUUUGGAAUAAAUUCAAUCAUGUUUAUAAAUGUACUUGGUAAAAUAUUAAGGCACAGCGUAAAUGUCAGCUAUUUGUUAUUAUUUUAAGUGCCUUUGAGGACAACUUAGUUUUAAAAAAGAGACUUUUCCUUCUCCCCCAUGACUAAUUUCUACAGGUUUUCCUUACUGUUCAUAAAGAACUAUGGAGGCCUAUGUUUAUAUUCAGAUCUUAAUCUCUCUCUCUCUUUUUUUUUUUUGGGGGGGGGCUGAGGCAAUUGGGGUUAAGUGACUUGCCCAGGGUCACACAGUGAGGAAGUAUUAAGUGUCUGAGGCUGGAUUUAAACUCUGAUCCUCCUGACUUCUGGGCCCCCUUCUAUCUACUGUGCUAUCUACCUGUGUGACUCUACCCCUUUCUAGAUCUCAGACUCCUGAUUUGUAAAAUAAAAGGAAAUUAAAUUCCUUAGAUAAAGGCCUGGUGAGUUCCUCUCUAGCUCUAGGUAUGUAGUCCAAUGAGCAGUUGUGUGACUAUGGGCACGUUUUAAAUUUCUGAGCCUCAAGUUUCCCCAUCUGUAAAAUGGAGACCACACCUGUGGUGCCUUCCUCACUGGCUUGUUGUAAUCAAUUGAGCAACUUGCAAAUUUAAAAAUUCUUUAGGUGGGGCAGCUAGAUGGUACAGUGGAUUGCACAGAGCGCAGGCCUUGAAGGCAGGAGGACCCCAGUUCAAAUUUGACUUCAGACACUUACAACUUCCUAGUUGUGUGACUCUGGGCAAGUCACUUAACCCCAAUUGCCUUGCCACCCCUCAAAAAAGAAAAAAAAAUUGUUUGACUCCUUUAGUGACAUCAGAUACUUCCAUCUGAUAGGUUUACUUAGAGUAUAUUUGUACAACUUGAAUUUGGGAGAUUAUUUUAAGCAGCCAACUGUCCUUUACGGUUCUUGCCAUUCGUUUUUACAGAUGAAGAAACUGAGGCAUAGAGGUAUUAAGGGAUUCUGCCACGGGGUCAUCAAUAGUAAAGUCUACUGCUGUGAUAGGAGAACUUGUGGUUUCUGAUCAAGGACACGCUCCCCCAGAACCUAAGCUGGGAGUCUUUGUAUUUGCCAGGCUGGGCCUCUUAUACUGCAUCUGAGCUCUGAAGGAAUAGGCGGAAUGGUUUCCCAUUGGCCUUAAGAAGAGAAAAAUCCUACUGGAGAUAGCCUUAAUCGGGCAGUCAACAAGUAUUGAUUUUUAUUAAGUCUUUUUUGAGAUGUGUCCGACUCUUCGUAGCCCCUUUUGGCACAGGUACUGGCAUACUUUGCCAAUUCCUUCUCCAGCUCAUUUUACAGAUGGGAAAACUGAGGCAGAUAGGGAGAAGUGACUUGCCCAGAGUCACACAGCUAAUGAGUAUCUGAGGCCAGAUCAGAAAGUUUUCCUCACUCUGCCACCACCUAGCUGCCCCAAGUAUUUGUUAAGCACCAGUUAUUUACCAGAUAGAUUUUAAUUACCUUCCUCUAAACCAGGGGUCCUCAAACUAGAUGCAGCAGCUGAGGAUGAUUAUCCCCCUCCCCCAGGGCUAUGAAGUUUCUUUAUUUAAAGGCCCACAAAACAAAGUUUUUGUUUUUACUAUAGUUUGGCCCUCCCACAGUCUGAGGGACAGUGAACUGGCCCCCUAUUUAAAAAGUUUGAGGACCCCUGCUAAACUCUCAGACUUACCCUGAGCCUUAUUACCUCUUCCUAUGUCUCCCCUCAUGCAGCCCAAGAUCAUGUUAUCUGUCGUUAUUGUCAUUGUCAACUUAGGGAGUAUGUGGUCCACUGAACCCCCCAGAUCUUUUUUGCAUGAAUUGUGUUUUGCUCACAGCUGCCAUUUAAAAUCCAAACAUAAAAGUUUUUUAUUUCUCUAUAUUCAAUUUUUAUUUUAUUCGAUUUGGAGCAGUGUUCUGUUAGGUCAAGAUCUUUUUAUUUAUUAUUUUUUUUAACUCAAAUACUCUCAUCCGAAGUGUUGAACUCCCUCUCAGCUUUAUUAUCUCCUGCAAAUUUGUUCAGCUUGCUACGUAUGCAAUUUCCUUUUUUUUUUUUUUAAUAACUUUUUAUUUAGAAGUUAUACGCAUGGGUCAUUUUUCAGCAUUGACAAUUGCCAGAGCUUUUGUUCCAACUUUUCCCCUCCUUCCCCCCACCCCCUCCCCAAGAUGGCAGGUAGUCCAAUACAUGUUAAAUAUGUUAGCGUAUAAGUUAAAUUACGUAUCCAGUUUUCCAAGCCAUCGAUAAAAACUCUCCGCCAGCCCUGGGCCGAGCGCAGAUCUCUGGGACGCUCUGCUGGGGACUCCCGCCAAACUGACCUCAGCUUGUUGGCGGCUGUUUGGGCCGAUUCCAGAUCUAUCUAGUUGCGGUAUCGUCUUGCCGACACCCCCACGUUCUCCCCAGGAACACUGGGAGGCUUUGAUAAAAUCAAGGAAAGCCACAUAGCAUUUUUUGACUCUCUAACAGGUUCAUCCGGCCCUCUUGUUUUACAGGUAAGGAAACCGAGGUCCUGAGAGGGCCAGAGGUCAAUAAGAGACUAAAGUCCAGGGCUUCUGAGUCUGGCUUGAACUGUCUUGAUUAGGCUGCUUCUGUUUUUCUUUCCUUUUCUCUCCCCCGAGGCCCUAAAUGUCCCCUCGCACUCCGAGACAGGGCUGAAGGGAGGUGUCCUGGAGGAGUUACUGUGGUUCAGCCCUUCCAGUCGAUUCUAGCUCGUCAUGACCUUAUUUUGGGCUUUUCCUGGCAAAGACACUAGAAUGGUUUGCCAUUUCCAUUUCCUUUUUCAUUUUACAGCUGAGGAAACUGAGGCAAGCAAAGGGAAGUGACUUGCCCAGAGUCACACAACUAGGAAGUAUCUGAGGAGGCUGGAUUUGAACUCCGCUCCCCUGGCUCUGUUCUCUUCCCUUGCACCUCCUAGCAGCCCAGGAUGGAAGUUGUAGAGGCUUCCUGUCUUGGCAAAGAUACAGGAAUGGUUUGCCAUUUCCUUUUUCAUUUUACAGCUGAGGAAACUGAGGCAAGCAGGGUGAAGGGACUUGCAUCUCUAGUGAGGACACAUUUGACAGUCUUCCUGACUUCAGGUUUGCUCCCUAUUCACUGCACCACUUAGAUAUCUCCGACUAGUUGUGUCGGAGACACACAACUAGUAAGAUCCUGGGGCUCUCUUAACCUCUGAGCCUCAUUUUCCUCAUCUGUAAAAUGGGAAUAAUGAUCACACUUUUCUCCCUGUCUUGUUUUGAGCAUAAAAUGAGGUACUCUGCUGGUAGCUGUUAUAAAUAAUCGUAGUAAUCAUGGGUACCUUCCCCAAGCUUUCAACAAAGAAUAUAGUCUAGUGUUUAAUAAAGGCCUUUGAUUAAAUUGGUUAAAAACCUUCCUCUGAUCUCUCCCUCACCCACAAGGGGUCGAUAGGUGACACAGGGGAAUGGAGUCUCUCUCAGACACUGUUACUUCACUCUGCCUCAGUUUCCUCAUCUGUAAAAUGAGCUAGAGGAAAAAAAUGGCAAACCACUGCAGUCUCAUUGCCAAAUGGGAUGGCCAAUCAAAAGUGACCAAAGGCAGCUCCUCCCCCCACCAAGCUAUUUGCAUGGAGUGUUGUCUUUGCACACAGGGGAGGGCUUCCCAAAGCUGUGUGUCAAGCUCUGCCCCGAUUCACCUUGACUUAGAAAACCACAAAUUGCCAUUAUCUAUGUCGAAUUGUAUUCCUUUAUUUAGCUUGUUAACUAUUUUCCAGAUUAAAUUUCCACCUGCUUCUGGCCGCUCUGGGGAGUUGGCAGCUGCUCUAGAGUUUACAAAACCAGCACGGAUAUCUCUUUGGAGCUAGGAGAGGGGUGCCGUUAUUACCAUUUUUACAGAUUUCUAAACUGAGGCUGUUUAAAGGGGCAACUAGGUAGGUAAAAUGUCGCCUCACACUUAGUAACUAUGUGCCCCUGGCCCAGUCAUUUCACUCUGUUUGCCUCAGUUUCCUUAUCUGUAAAAUGAGCUGGGGAAGGUAAACCACUAAGUACUUUUGUCAAGGGAACCCCAUCGAGGCCAUCUCCGGUGGUCCUGUAUCUGGCCACUGAACCCACAGGGUUCUGGAGAAAAAAGUAAGCCCGGGGACUAUCCUCCCGUCCCCCAGAUCCAAUUCACUUGGCGUGGGGGCACCUCCCUGAAGUCAAGGGCCCUUUCAGAAGGAAGGGCAAACCACCACCAGAAAACCUCAAAUGGGGUCACGGAGAGUUGAACACAUCUGAAGGACAAAUAAAAAUAAACUGCGAAGAUUCCGGACUGGUUUGCCAUUUCCAUCGCCAGUUGACGUUACAGAGCUGGAAACUGAGGCAGAACUCGGGGUCAGACAGUCAGGACUGUCCCAGGUAGGAUUUGAAUCCAAGUCUCUUCCUCCGAGAGCAGCCCGGCGGCUCGCCGGGCCUCAGCCUCUCCUCCGGCCCUGAUGAUUUUGCCAGCUUCCUAAUUGGGCGGCUUGUCUCUUCUCCAAUUUCUCUGCACCCAGCUGCCAAAUCGAUAUUCCUAAAACGCGAUCUAGCGGCUCCUUCCUUCCUUGGGUCCAAAAACCUCCUGUUUGCCUUUAAAAGCCUUCCAGUUUGGCCCUGGCCGGCCCGUCCGGGCUCAUCACCCCUUCCUCUCUCACCCUCCGGCCACACUGGCCUCUGCCACUUUUCCGACUCCAGACAUUUUCAGUCCCUUCCCCCACCUCCUCCCUGUGCCUUUGCCCGGGCACGGAUUGGCUCCAUGGCCCUGCAUCGAACCAUCUGCCUUCAAGCCCCGCGCUGACAUAAUUCUGUGAGUUUGUGCGAAGUCAGGGCAACACUUGGGACUUCAGUCUCUUCUUUAAGGGACACGGAUUGCAUGCGUUGCUUUCCAAGAUCUUGACUGGCCUUCCCGUCUCCUUCAAAGAAUCUCAGACCUCGGUAAAUCACUUUGUAUGUCAUUUGUUUCACCUCCUCUGCCAGAAACCGGCCUGCGGAGAAAUGGAAACUGACAGACCGAUCCCGCGCCCAGAGGGAGCUGCUCGGGCCGAGUGUUACCUUGUAGCUUCUGCCCCCGCGGGAUACACAGUAACUCCCUACGCGCACCCGGAGCGAGGAGGCGGGGCCCUUGUCCCGGCCUUUGAUCCGAGAGACGCUUCAGGGGCCGAGCACUACGCCCCUUCGGUCUUCGAGAAGUACACCACCAGCGUGACCCUGGGCAGCAAGGAGGUGAUCCUGAACCUCUAUGACACAGCAGGUCAGGAAGACUACGACCGCCUCCGGCCGCUGUCCUACCAGAACACUCACCUUGUCCUCAUCUGCUACGAUGUCAUGAAUCCCACCAGCUAUGACAAUGUGCUCAUUAAGUGGUACCCUGAGGUCACUCACUUCUGCCACGGGACGCCCAUGGUCCUCAUCGGCUGCAAGACUGACCUGCGCAAGGACAAGGAGCAGCUGCGGAAGCUGCGGGCUGCCGACCUGGAGCCCAUCACCUACGCCCAGGGCGAGAGCGCCUGCCAGCAGAUGAAGGCGGCCCUGUACCUGGAGUGCUCCGCCAAGUUCCGCGAGAACGUGGAGGACGUGUUCCGGGAGGCCACCAAGGUGGCGCUGAGCGCGCUCAAGAAGGCCCAACGCAAGAAGAAGCGGCGGCUCUGUGCGCUGCUCUGAGGGGUCCCCGGUCCUGGCAGCCCAGCCGGGCUGGGCGACGUCCGUCUCUCCAGUCUCCCGUGGAGCUCGUGGCUGGGGAGGGAGGGGGGAGGGGGGCUCCAUCCUGCCCCGGGAAGGGUCCUCGGACCCAUCCCCAGGAGGGCAGAGCCCGGGACCCCAGAGCAGGGCAGAGAGCGCCUCCCGUGUUUCCGAAUUGACUCCCAACCAGUCUCGGUUUUGGCCCUCGUGAAAAGGGGGUCUCGGGCGAUGGAUCCACAUUCACCCAUCGAUGAGCCCCCGCGUCCCAGGUCUGCGCUGGGUGCUGGGCCACAAAGAUGGCGCGUCGAUCCCUCCCCCCAAGCGGCAGGAAGAAGCGGCUGCUUGCGGCUACCUGGCCACAUUCCGCCUGUUCUCGGGUCACGUGGGGAGCUCCAGGGAGCGGAGGAGGGGAGUGCGCCGCGUGCCCUGAAUGAGCCCCGAGCGACGCAGGGAGAAGGCCGGGGAAGGCCUCGGACUGGGGGCCAAGCUCACUGCCCCGGGCGGGCAGGAAGGACGCUGCCCUGGGGGGAGGUUCUGCCGAGGUCUUUGUCCUCCUGAGGACUGCUAUCUAAUCUCUGAAACGUUAUCACGCUCAGUGGCUCUCGGUGCCCCGCUGACAUAGGAAGGACCCCUGCCGUCGGGGCCCGCCUGAGGGGGACUACAAUUCCCCAAGUCCUUUUCCCACACCAUCUUGGCCACAUUUCACUUUGACAUUAAAAGAGGAACAAAAAGCUACAAAA